AUGUCUCUGCGGAUAAAGGCUGUGGUGGAUAAAUUUGUUGAGGAGUUGAAAGAAGCAUUGGAUGCUGAUAUUCAGGAUAGGAUCAUGAAGGACAGAGAGAUGCAAAGUUACAUCCAAGAGCGUGAGCGCGAGGUUGCUGAGCGCGAAGCUGCUUGGAAGGCUGAUCUUUCUCGUCGCGAGGCAGAGAUUGCCCGACAAGAAGCAAGGUUAAAGAUGGAGAGAGAUAAUCUUGAGAAAGAGAAAAGUGUCUUAAUGGGAACUGCAUCAAAUCAAGAUAACCAAGAUGGAGCUCUUGAAAUUACAGUAAGUGGUGAAAAAUACCGUUGCCUCAGAUUCGCCAAGGCAAAGAAAUAA